AAUAACAAUUGGAUUUGGAUACCAAACGAAAUGGAUGGUGGAGAAUGGGUGACCUCAAGAAGCUGUGUUCUUCAUGAUCCGAACAGUCUUUUUGGCCUGCAGCUUCAUGUCCUGGACAAACAUUAUGACAAAAAGUUACUUGACUUUUUUUUGUACUCUUUGGACGUGAGGAAUGGACCUGGUUCUGAAGAUUACUGCAAACUAUGGGUCAGAUGGGAGAAAUCCGUCCAGGAGAUAGCUGUGUCUGAUUGCUCUGCUUUCUGGAAAUUCAUUGCGACAAACUGGAGCACAAACACCCAGGAACUUCUUUCUGGUUGUGUCAAAGUUCCUGUGUGUACUGAUGGAAAGAUCAUUUUAUCAAAGAAGGAGGAUGUGUUCAUUCCUGAUGAUCUACUACUUACAGACUUGUUCAGCAAGCUAACUCAGCAUUCAUUUUUUAUCUGGUAUCCUGCUUCUAUUCUACCUUCCAUGUCUCGAGCAAGCCUUAACUGCAUCUAUGAUAGCAUUGGUGUUCAAAGAAUAUCCAAAGCAGUCACCAAGAAUGAUGCCUUCACCUUAGACAAUUACCAUUUCAGAACAGUUGAUCCAAGUAAGGUGAUCAAGGUUGGUCUACUCAAAAUAAUUCUCUCAUUCCUUGCUGAUCCUGCUCUGGACAUUCCUGCUGAAAAGAGGCACAGGAUGGUUUCUUGCCUUCUGAAUGUGACUGUCCAAGAGAGUGAUGAACCAAUCACAGUGGGGUAUAGUGUAAGAUUGUCAUCUGGAGAGGUUGUGGAUGUGAAGUCCAGCCGAAUGCUUAGGUGGGAAAGGGAGGAUUCCAAGCUGUACAUGCAGAGUUGCGACAGCGAGCCCAGCUACAAAGAAAAGAUUGAGUUUGCGACCUACUUCGCAAAGGAGAUAUCUCAAGGCCUGCUCUAUGAGAUGGCGGAUCAGAUCCCUUUGCUCGCUGAGCUUAUUAAGUUUGGCAGCUUACUGGAUUUCGAUGACGCUGCUAUUGGGUUCUUGCUUAAGUCAAAAAAUCUGCAGAUGUUUCCUGAAGAUGACCAUUUCCUGAAGUCUUCAAUGCUAGAGCACUAUCGUGCAUGUACUGUUAUGGUGGACCAAGUAUAUCAGAGGAGGAAGAGAAGCCGUGACUAAGACCUGCGCAUGGGCUGGUCGUGGCCAGUGCGUGGUGCCCCUUCACCACGGGACUCCAGCGACCUCCGACGUCUCAGGUUCCAACAUGUUGCUGGUGGCCUAAAUAAAAAUUUGGUGCUGUGCUUGGAGGCUUCUGAAUGUGAUUGCCCUGUGUUUUCUAGCGUCCAUCUUGUGCCUAGUCAAUCUGUUCCUAUAUAUCGCUUGUUUAAGUUUGGAUUUCUGGGUGCUAAAAUGCAACUUGUCAGUGGUUCCCCUGCGUGUAUUAACUAUUACGUACAAAACAGAACUCAACUGUGAUAAGUAAUAAUGUUUCCAGUGCGUUGUGUCUGAUCAUA